AGGCAGCUGGCGGUCUGCAGAGGCAGCUGACGCACGACUGCAGCAACUGUUGGCGACCAGUAACAGUGCCCAACCACCAGAGAGUUGUCCCCACUUGUUCAAUAAUGAUGCAGUUGUCCAAUUGCCUUUGGAGAAACGCCUUUGCCACCGAAUCCUUCGCCUGGUACAGCUCCCAUUUGAGGCCGCGGUGCACGAGGAGGUAUGGCACUUCCGCCAAAGAG